UUACAUAAACGAUGCCAAGAAUAAGAAACCCGAAGAAGCAACUUGCUAUUCAAGAGAGGAGAUAUUCGAACGAAUGGUUGAAGGAUCUAACGCUCAGAUAAGUAUCACAGCUUAUUAUAAAGUAAAAAAUAUCAACUCGUUAAAGAAGCGAACAAAAUACAUCGGACAAAACGUGAGUUAUUAUCCUAAUUCUGUUAAAACAUUCAAAAUAAUACAGACAUGCGGUGAUAUAGAGUCGAACCCCGGGCCGAAAAAAACGAGUACUGCUGAGAAACGUCGGAAAUAUCCGUGCAAAGAAUGCAGCAAACCAGUCAAGUGUAAUUAA